AUAGUGUUAAUUCAAUGGAAAAUUGUGGGCUUUAAUUGGUAAUUUGUAGGCGAUGUUUAGCGAUUCAGUUAAUUUUGUCCAAAAAAGAGGUAAUAGAAGUUGGUAAACCAUAAGACCAUACAUAUUGGUUCUACAUGUCCAUCUGAUUUAAUUCAAUCACAUACAAAUGAUACAAUUAACAAUUUCCUUCCUCAAAUGACCGGUUAACCAUCUUGAAGAACAUACCUUAAAAUUAAAUCCCGACUUUUUCCGACGAGAUCAAUCGGAAUCUCGUCGGAUCUCUCGAUCCUUCCCUUAGGUAAUUUGAGCUACAAUGGAGUGGACUACGAUACAACAUCUAGAUCUUCGACAUGUCGGUCGAGAAGCGAAGCCAUUGCAGCCUCAUGCCGCUGCUUUUCAUCCCAGUCAAGCCCUAAUUGCUACUGCUGUCGGAAAAUACAUUAUUGAAUUUGAUGCACUUACUGGGAGUAAGAUCUCUACCAUUGACAUUGGUUCGCCUGUCGUUCGGAUGUCAUAUAGUCCUACCAGUGGUCAUGUUGUGAUUGCUAUACUCGAGGACUGUACCAUUCGCUCCUGUGAUUUUGAUGCGGAGCAAACUUGUGUUCUUCACUCACCAGAGAGGAAAAUGGAACCAAUUUCUUCUGAUGCUGAAGUUCAUAUGGCCUUGACUCCUCUCCAACCUGUUGUUUUUUUUGGUUUUCACAAAAAGAUGAGUGUAACAGUUGUCGGAACUGUUGAGGGAGGCAGGUCUCCCACAAAAAUAAAGACAGAUUUGAAGAAACCUAUUGUGAAUCUUGCUUGUCAUCCCCGACUUCCAGUUUUGUAUGUAGCUUAUGCAGAAGGGUUGAUUAGAGCUUACAAUAUUCAUACGUAUGCGGUUCUCUACACAUUACAACUUGAUAAUACUAUAAAGCUACUUGGUGCUGGUGCCUUUGCUUUUCAUCCAACACUAGAGUGGAUGUUUGUUGGUGACAGGCGGGGUACACUUUUGGCAUGGGAUGUGUCUACAGAGAGACCAAGUAUGAUUGGAAUAACACAAGUGGGUUCCCAACCUAUCACAUCAGUUGCUUGGCUGCCAGCAUUGCGGUUGAUAGCCACUUUGUCAAAAGAUGGUUCCCUUCAAGUCUGGAAAACACGGGUGGUACUUAAUCCCAAUAGAGCGCCUAUGCAAGCAAGUUUCUUUGAGCCUGCUGCAAUCGAAUCUCUCGACAUUCCAAAGAUUCUAUCUCAGCAGGGCGGAGAAGUUGCUUAUCCAUUGCCACGUGUCAGAGCUCUGGAAGUUCACACUAAAUUGAAUAUGGCCUCAUUACUAUUUGCAAAAAUGGCAAAUGUAGACAAUGUUAAAAACAAGGCAUUCACUAGAGAAGGAAGGAAACAACUCUUUGCUGUUCUCCAAAGUGCAAGGGGAUCUUCAGCAUCUGUUUUGAAGGAAAAACUUGCUGCAUUGGGCUCUUCUGGAGUACUGGCUGACCACCAGUUGCAAGCACAAUUGCAAGAGCAUCAUUUGAAAGGACAAAAUCAGCUUACAAUUGCUGACAUUGCGCGGAAGGCUUUCCUGUACAGUCAUUUCUUGGAGGGGCAUGCCAAAAGUGCUCCAGUUGCUCGUUUGCCUCUCAUCACCUUACUAGAUACUAGUAACCAUCUUAGACAUCUUCCUGUUUGUCAGCCAUUUCAUUUGGAGCUUAAUUUUUUCAAUAAAGCAAAUCGGGUUCUGCAUUAUCCUGUCAGAGCAUUCUACAUGGAAGGUGUAAAUCUUAUGGCCUAUAAUCUAUGUUCUGGAGCAGACAGUAUUUACAAAAAGCUUUACAGCUCGAUUCCUGGAAAUGUUGAAUAUCAACCAAAGAGUGUUGUAUAUAGUAGGAAGCAGAAUUUAUUUCUUGUUAUUUUUGAGUUAAGUGGUGCAGCAAAUGAAGUUGUUCUCUACAAAGAAAAUACUGAUACCCGACUGGCGAAUAGUAAAGACAGUACAGUCAAAGGUCAAGAUGCAGCGUUCAUUGGUGUUGAUGAUAGCCAGUUUGCUAUUCUUGACAGUGAUAAGAUUGGACUUGCUUUGUAUAUACUUCCUGGAAUGUCAUCUAAAGAACUUGAUGACAAGAACAAAGCAGCACUUGAAGAAAAUCCUACAGCAGAUCUAGCUGCUGAUCCUGCUCCAACAAGUUCUGUCAAGGGUCCAGUGCAUUUUAUGUUCGAAUCUGAAGUUGACCGUAUUUUCUCUACUCCAUUAGAUUCAACCUUGAUGUUUGCUUCUCAUGGAAAUCAGAUUGCUUUGGCAAAGAUUGUGCAAGGAUAUCGUCUAUCAAGCAGUGAUGGCCGUGGCCAUUAUAUACCGACAAUGGCUGAAGGGCGGAAGUCAAUCAAGCUGAAAGCGAAUGAGAUAGUACUCCAGGUUCAUUGGCAGGAGACUCUUAGAGGUCAAGUUGCUGGGAUAAUGACUACUCAUAGAGUUAUUAUUGCUUCAGCAGAUUUGGAGAUUUUGGCUAGUAGCUUAGCAAAAUUUGAUAGAGGACUUCCUUCGUUUAGAUCUCUUCUGUGGAUUGGUCCUGCUCUCCUUUUUUCUACUGCUACAGCAAUCAGUGUGCUUGGAUGGGAUGGAAAAGUGAGGACUAUCUUGUCAACUAGCUUGCCAAAUGCAGUUCUUGUGGGAGCGUUAAAUGAUCGCUUGUUGCUAGCAAACCCAACAGACAUAAGCCCCAGGCAAAAGAAGAAAAUUGAGAUAAAAAGCUGUCUUGUUGGACUUCUUGAGCCGCUUCUUAUCGGAUUUGGAACAAUGCAGCAAUACUUUGAGCAGAAGCUUGACCUUCCUGAAACAUUAUAUCAGAUCACAUCAAGGUUUGACAGCCUUCGCAUUACUCCUAGAUCACUUGAUAUAUUAGCUAGGGGCUCUCCAGUUUGUGGAGAUCUUGCCGUGUCAUUAUCCCAAGCAGGUCCACAGUUUACUCAGGUGCUGCGAGGAAGUUAUGCCAUCAAGGCCCUUCGUUUCUCUACUGCUUUGUCCGUGUUGAAAGAUGAAUAUCUGCGUUCAAGAGAUUACCCUCGAUGUCCCCCGACAUCUCAUUUGUUUCAUCGGUUCCGGGAGUUGGGAUAUGCCUGUAUCAAGUAUGGACAGUUUGACAGUGCUAAGGAAACAUUUGAAGUUAUUUCAGACUAUGAAAGCAUGCUUGAUCUAUUUAUAUGCCACCUCAAUCCUAGUGCAAUGCGACGUCUUGCACAGAAACUGGAAGAAGAUGGUGCUGAUCCAGAGUUGAGGAGAUGUUGUGAAAGAAUUUUACGAAUUCGUUCCACUGGGUGGACACAAGGCAUUUUUGCUAACUUUGCUGCUGAAAGUGUGGUUCCUAAAGGACCUGAAUGGGGAGGUGGAAACUGGGAAAUUAAAACACCAACAAAUAUGAAGGAUAUACCUCAAUGGGAAUUAGCUGCUGAGGUAAUGCCAUACAUGAAAACUGAUGAUGGGCCUAUCCCUGCAAUUGUGACAGAUCAUGUUGGUGUUUAUCUUGGCUGUAUAAAAGGAAGAGGAAAUGUUGUUGAAGUGAGAGAAGAUAGUUUGGUGAAAGCUAUUACAUCUGCGGCUUCUGAUGGUAAGCCAAACGGGAUCUCUACUUUGGCUGAUUCGAUAUCGAGCAAGGGAGCUACUGCAGCUGAUUCGAAGGGUGCUUCAUUGAUGGGUCUAGAAACACUUACCAAACAGUCUUCAGGAUCUGCUGCUGCAGAUGAACAAGCAAAAGCCGAGGAAGAGUUUAAGAGGUCACUGUAUGGUACUUCUGGUGGUGAUAGUAGUGAUGAUGAAGAGGGUGAGUCAAAAACUAAGAAAUUUCAAAUCAGAAUUCGAGAUAAACCGCUUUCAUCUGCUACUGUUGAUGUCAAUAAAAUCAAAGAAGCCACGAGGCAGUUCAGUUUGGUCCCGCCAAUGGGUAGGACCAAGUCAUCAGCUGGUGGAUCUCAGGACCUUGGCCACACAUUCCAACCUGCCGUUACAGCAACCAGCAUGGGCUCAGCUCCCCCUAUUUAUGCUGCUCCUGGGGAUCUCUUUGGUUCUGAUGCACUAGCUCAACCACCUGCUGGUUCCCAGCCAUCACCAGUGGUGAAGGGAGGUGGGGCAGCUGUUGGGCCUAUUCCCGAAGACUUUUUCCAAAACACUAUCUCUUCUCUUCAAGUUGCAGCUUCGCUCGCUCCUCCAGGGACUGUAAUUUCUAAACUGGAUCAAAACUUUCAAGGGGUUGGAAGCCAUCAGGUUGCAACUAGUCAACCUAGUUCAUCUGCAAAUAACAUUGGUUUUGCAGAUGGUGGCGUACCCCCUGAAGUGACUCAACAAACUGCAUACUCAACUGAAUCAAUUGGGCUUCCAGAUGGAGGGAUUCCACCGCAAUUUGUGGGUCAGAAUGUUGUCCCGCCACAGCCUCAGAUUCAAGCCACUCAGCUGUCUAGUUCCUCUCAACCUCUGGAUCUUAGUGUAUUAGGAGUGCCUCCUGGUGCGGCAGACUCUGAAAAGCCUCCUGCACAACCCAUUCCAACUUCUGUACGUCCUGGACAGGUUCCUCGCGGGGCAGCUGCUCCAGUAUGCUUUAAGACUGGACUGGCACACCUUGAGCAGAAUCAGCUACCAGAUGCAUUAUCCUGUUUUGAUGAAUCUUUCCUUGCUUUAGCCAAAGAUCACUCACGCGGCUCUGAUAUUAAGGCCCAAGCCACUAUCUGUGCUCAGUAUAAGAUUGCAGUUACUCUGCUUCAGGAAAUUGGACGGCUACAGAGAGUUCAAGGCCCUCGUGCUAUUAGUGCAAAAGAUGAGAUGGCCCGAUUGUCCAGGCAUCUUGGUUCAUUGCCCCUUCUUGCAAAACAUCGCAUAAGCUGCAUAAGAACUGCCAUAAAACGGAACAUGGAAGUCCAAAACUAUGCUUAUUCGAAACAGAUGCUCGAUCUCUUAUUCUCUAAAGCACCUCCUGGCAAACAAGAGGAGUUGAGGAGCCUGAUUGACUUAUGUGUCCAAAGAGGCUUAACCAACAAAUCAAUCGAUCCCAUGGAAGACCCAUCACAAUUCUGUGCUGCCACCCUCAGCCGUUUAUCCACAAUUGGUUAUGAUGCUUGUGAUCUCUGUGGUGCUAAAUUUGCUGCAUUAUCAGCACCUGGUUGCAUUAUAUGUGGUAUGGGAAGCAUCAAAAGGUCAGACUCUUUAGCAGGUCCUGUUCCCUCACCAUUUGGCUAAGGUUAAUGAAUUUGAUUGGAUUUCAAAAUGAGAUGAAACCAUUGUUUCUGUCUCACAAUUUUCGGGCAAGUUAUGAUGUUUUUGACUUGCUGACUGCUGUGCAAGACGUAGUUGAUAUCUUUUAAUUUCUAUUACACCACCCCCCCCUCUAUCGUUUGUCUUUAGAGGUUGGGAAAAGUGGAAGGGGUGGUUUCACCAGGUUUUGUCCCGAGCAUAUGUGUGUAUUUGUGUAUGUAUAACGAGAUUUUUUUUUCUUGGGAAGGAAUAUGCAUAUAGUAUGUAGCUGUUAUUACCCCUGUAAAAUACUGAGUAGUUAAAACUAUCCAUUAGUUAUAACAUCUUGGAUAUUUAUGGUUGCUCCUGUAAAUGCCAUGCCAGUUUUGACAUUGA